UCAUGGUGGCUAAAACAUCAAGUGAAACAUUGGCAUAAAAUUAUUCUCUCAAUUUCCACUAGGUCUCUUCUUUAUUAUAUCUAUAUAGAAUUAAAACAUGGGGAUCAAAUCUAAUGGAGAACAACAAACCAACAAAGCCAUUGGAUGGGCAGCAAGGGACUCAUCUGGGGUUCUCUCUCCUUUCCAUUUCUUCAGAAGGGAAACAGGUGAGAAGGAUGUUAUGUUUAAAGUAUUGUACUGUGGAAUAUGCCAUUCAGAUCUACAUAUGGUCAAAAAUGAUUGGGGCAUGUCUAUCUAUCCACUUGUACCCGGGCAUGAGAUUGUUGGUGUAGUGACCGAAAUAGGUAACAAAGUAGAAAAGUUCAAAGUUGGUGACAAAAUUGGCGUGGGGUACAUGGUGGGAUCUUGUGGCACAUGUGACAGUUGCAACGAUGAACUCGAGAAUUACUGCCCAAAGAUGAUACCUACUUGCAGCGCCAUCUACUACGACGGAACCACAACCUAUGGAGGCUUCUCCGACGUAAUGAUGGCCAAUGAGAACUUUGCGGUUCACAUUCCGGACACUCUACCUCUUGAUGCCACUGCUCCUCUCCUCUGCGCAGGGAUUACCGUUUACAGCCCAUUAAGGCACUUUGGGCUCGACAAGCCCGGCACACACGUGGGUAUAGUUGGGCUUGGUGGACUAGGCCAUGUUGCUGUCAAAUUUGCCAAGGCUAUGGGAGCUAAGGUUACGGUUAUAAGUACCUCUCCUGAAAAGAAACAAGAAGCUAUUGAGCAUCUUGGUGCUGACUCAUUUUUGGUCAGUCGUGACCAAGGGCAGAUGCAGGGUGCCAUGAGCACAAUGGAUGGGAUUAUCGACACAGUCUCUGCAGUGCACCCACUUCUGCCUUUGAUUGGUCUAUUGAAGUGUCAAGGAAAGUUGGUUAUGGUUGGGGCACCAGACAAGCCGCUUGAGCUACCAGUUUUUCCAUUACUCUUGGGAAGGAAAAUAGUAGCUGGAAGUUGCACUGGAGGGAUGAGAGAGACGCAAGAGAUGAUUAAUUUUGCAGCCAAACACAAGAUUACAUCUCAUAUUGAAGUUAUUCCCAUUCAUUAUGUCAACACUGCCAUGGAACGUCUUCACAAAUCAGAUGUUAGAUACCGAUUUGUUAUCGAUGUUGCUAACUCUUUGAAGCUCUAAGUCUUACGAAGUUCAGAUUAUUUUUUGUUCUUAAUUCAUGACGAUUAGGUGUGGCUUGAGUACUUUGUUUCAGCUUUUAUGUUUUAGUUCUGUACUUUGUAAUAUAUCUGUGUUUUCUACA